UAUUGGGUCGAAUUCACUGCCAUUUUCGAUCAUAGAAGAAAAAAGGGGAAUCGCUCUCCUACACAAAUGUACAAUAUAUUAUCCGAUGAGAUCGGACUAAGUCCUGGUACAUUAGCCAGCUUCUAUCAUCACCGAACGAAACCAAGAAAGACUACUACGAUGAAUAAAAUAAUUCCAUGGAUAGAAAGGGAGGGAAAAAGGGUAGUUAGUUUUGCGAGUAGUAACAGUAGUAUUAUCAAUAACGAAGUUAGCAAUAGUUAGUAUAGGAUAGCGGGAAGGAACUGCCAUUACUUUUACUACGUAAAAGCGUCUAGAGGUGGGCAGGCAUAUUUCAUGCUUU